CAAACUCCUAUCGUCACUACUCUCUUAUAAUUCUCCGAACUCCUUCGUACUAGUACUUAUUCAGCUAUUUGUGUACUACUUUCACUUGUUAAUUGGCUAUGUUGUGAAGUUGGUAUUUUCUUUGGAAAAUAAAUAUGUCUUUUGUUCGGCUUCUUCUUGCUUCAAUUGUCAUGACCGUUUGCUUUGUAACUUUUGCUUCCGGAGCCCUUGAAGUACUGCCCAAUGAUGAAGGAGUCGAUAAACUGCCCGAUGACGAAGUUCAAGCUUUACGUGACAUAUUCAAUACGUUGGGGAAGAAGGAUUGGAACUUCUCUAAUCCAUGUAAUAGUACUCAUGUACCUUCAACUGCACAAAUAACAACGUUGGCCGGCAUGCAAGAGUAUGCUGCUGUUAACUGCAGCAAUUGCGUCGUCAAUGGCAUCGAGUCAUACCGCGUUGUGGGCAUACUUCUCAAAGGACAAAAUCUAAAAGGCACUCUUUCUCCAAAUUUGACGAAGUUACCUUGCCUGCAAGUACUUGACCUCACUCGCAAUUAUAUUAACGGUUCAAUUCCACCGGCAUGGGGUUCCGUGCCGAAGCUGGCUCAUAUUUCUCUUUUAGGAAACCGAUUAACAGGUCCUAUCCCUGGAGCUCUUUCAAACAUCAAAACCCUACAAAACUUGACGGUCGAGUUCAAUAAGCUUUCUGGAAAUCUUCCUUCAGAGCUUGGGAAUAUGUCCUCCCUGGAAAGACUUUUUCUCAGCUCGAAUUAUUUUACCGGGGAGCUACCUACUUCAUUUGCAAACUUGAUCUCUUUGAAAGAUUUUCGGAUCAGCGACAAUCAAUUUUCUGGACAGAUUCCCAAUUAUAUUCAAAACUGGAAUAACCUCAACAAAUUACUUAUUCAGGCAAGUGGCUUGAGGGGACCAAUUCCAUCCCUUGAUCCUUUGAAACAAUUAUCUGACUUGAGAAUCAGUGAUUUGAAUGGGUCUGAAGUAACUUUUCCACUGAAAUACAUUUAUGUAGCACAAUGGAAAGUACUGAUAUUGAGGAAUUGCAAUCUUACUGGACCGCUACCCGAAACAAUAGAAUCUCCCCUGCGUCCGGAUUUUAAAACCUUAGAUCUCAGCUUCAACAGACUAAUUGGAGGAAUUCCAGACAACUUUAUAAGACCACUACAACUUGUAGACCACAUAUACUUAACCGGCAACUUGUUCACUGGACCAAUACCUGAUUCGAUACUGCAUCGAGGAGAAUAUACCGAUCUUUCAUAUAACAAGUUUACAAUUCUUCAAGGAUUGAAAUUAUCAGCAUCAAAUUGUCAAUAUGGGACUGGGAUCAACUUGUUCGCAAGCUCCUCGAUGGACAAUAUUGAAACUAGCAAUAAUGUUUCGUGUUUGAGGAGCUUACAGCGUUCAUGUCACAAACGUCGCCGGUACAAGCUUCAUAUAAAUUGUGGUGGAGAAAAAGUAACUGUUAAUAAAAGUGAAUUUGAUGCUGAUGUUGAUCCACGAGGAUACUCAACAUUCUUCCUUGCACAACAUCAGUACUGGUCGUCUAGCAGCACUGGUGAAUUCAUGGACGAUAACCGCCCCAACAGGGAUUUCAUUUUGUCAAAUUUAUCCGGACUCUCUACGAACACGCCAGAUCCCGAACUGUACAUGACAGCGCGCAUUUCUCCUCUCUCUCUUACUUAUUAUGCCUUUUGUUUGGUAAAUGGGAAUUAUACAGUAAAGCUCCAUUUUGCGGAGAUAGUAUUCACUGAUGAUGAAACGUAUAGCAGCUUGGGAAGACGUAUAUUUGAUGUUUACAUUCAGGGGGAGCGAGUGCUGAAGGAUUUCGAUAUUGUAAAAGCGGCUGGUGGGGUUCGUAAGCCGAAUAUACAAAGUUUUAAUGCUACCGUCAUGGCUAAUGGUACCCUGGAGAUCCGUUUCUACUGGGCUGGGAAGGGGACAACUGAUAUCCCACUCAAAGGAAACUAUGGUCCUCUUAUUUCAGCCAUUUCUGUGGAUUCCCAUGAAAUCCCUUCAAAUAGUAUACCUACAGGGGAAGUGGUUGGAAUUAUCGUUGCCGGAGUUUUUGUUAUAAUAUUACUUAUUGUGGCCAUCCUCUGGUGGAAAGGCUGUCUAGGAGAAAGAUCAAGUGCUACUGAACAUGAUUUAAGAGGCCUAGAUCUGAAAACUGGAACAUUCACCUUAAGGCAAAUCAAAACAGCCACAAACAACUUUGAUGUGGCGAAUAAAAUUGGGGAAGGUGGUUUUGGUUCCGUUUAUAAGGGCCUUUUGUCUGAUGGCACCAUGAUGGCAGUCAAACAACUUUCUUCCAAAUCAAAGCAAGGAAAUCGUGAGUUUUUGAAUGAGAUCGGCAUGAUUUCUGCUUUGCAGCAUCCUCAUCUUGUAAAGCUCUAUGGAUGUUGUGUUGAAGGAAAUCAAUUGUUGCUGGUAUACGAGUAUAUGGAAAAUAAUAGUCUCGCUCGUGCUUUGUUUGGGCCAGAAGAAGAUCAAUUACAAUUGGAUUGGCCAACAAGACAUAGGAUUUGUGUUGGUAUAGCAAGAGGUUUGGCCUAUCUCCAUGAAGAAUCAAUAUUGAAGAUUGUCCAUAGAGACAUCAAGGCUACUAAUGUCUUGCUUGAUAAAAAUCUCAACCCUAAAAUAUCCGACUUUGGUUUGGCCAAGCUUGAUGAUGAGGAUAAUAGCCACAUAAGCACCCGAAUUGCUGGAACUUAUGGUUAUAUGGCACCUGAGUAUGCAAUGCGAGGUCAUUUAACUGACAAAGCAGAUGUUUAUAGUUUUGGAAUUGUCGCCUUGGAAAUUGUUAGUGGGAAGAGCAACACGAGUCACCGGCCUAAGGGGGAAUCUCUACAUCUUCUUGAUUGGGCACUUGUUUUAAAAGAGAAAGGAAAUCUGUUGGAUUUGGUUGAUCUAAGAUUAGGCUCAAACUACAGGAAGGAAGAGGCUAUGCGUGUGAUUAAUGUGGCUCUCCUAUGCGCUAAUGUUUCUGCAGCAGUUAGGCCUACCAUGUCCUCAGUGGUGAGCAUGCUUGAGGGCGGCGCUGUUAUUCCUGAGUUGGGUCCAAAUUUAAGUAUCAUAGAUGAUGAAAUGAAAGUGAAGGCACUGUGGGAGCAUUUUCAAGAUAAGAAAGAAUCAAGUAGGGGAAAUAGCCAGACCCAAAGUGUAUUAACGGAUGACCCAUUCACCGGUUCUUCUACAUCCGCUGUUGAUCUAUAUCCAAUCAAUAUGGAUUCUAGUUACUGGGAGAAAAGGGUUUAGAUAAAUGAGCAAUACUGCUCUUCAUUCUAGUUUGUCGAUCGUCUUAAAAUAUGAAAGAUAAUCUAGUGUACUUAAAUGAAAAGUCACAUUAUUAUUUAAUAAGUUUUCUGGGACUAUGUCGUUGUGGAAGAAAAGGAAUGAUUGCAGAAGUUUUUUGUGGCGUAAUAAAUGUGAGUUAAUUGCUA